CACUGAACUCUCCCAUCUCUGCUUCUCAUCUAGUGUUCCUUCAGUCACAGACUUUUCAGAUCCUUUCAAUUAAGGACUUCUCCUGCGGAUCUUCUUGCAGACCCUACGCACACCGUGUGGAGUGAUGACUCACCACACACGCGCACACACAGAGCAACCAAUUGUGUGUCCGCAAAUGACAUGCACUAUAAAAGUUUCAGCUUUCCGACGUAGAUGCUUGGCAAGUGGACAGGAGGCAGAACUCUCAAGGACGGCCAACGCUGACGCACCUCUCCCCAGGGGCCGUCCCACCUGCGCUCCUGAGGGGAAAGAGCUGUCCCAGUGGGGACCAAGCCUCCACAGGAGGGGGUGGGAGGUGGUUGGGAGAGGGUGUUAAAAAGAAAAAUGGGCAACAUGGCAACAGAGAUCGUUGCCUUCGUCCUGACAAUCUCCGGGUGGAUCUUGGUGUCCUCCACCCUGCCGAUAGACUACUGGAAGGUGUCGUCUGUGGACGGGACGGUCAUCACCACGGCUACAUUCUGGUCUAACCUGUGGAAAACGUGUGUGACCGACUCCACCGGCGUGUCCAACUGCAAGGACUUCCCUUCAAUGCUGGCGCUGGACGCCUACAUCCAGGUGUGUCGGGGUCUGAUGAUCGCCUCCGUGUGUCUGGGGUUCUUUGGUGCCGUCUUGGCCUUGGUAGGAAUGAAGUGCACGAAAAUAGGAGGCUCAGAGACCACCAAGGCUCGUCUGACCGUCGGCUCGGGCUUCCACUUUGUCCUCAGCGGCCUCUGCUGCAUGACUGCGUGCUCCAUAUAUGCUCACAGGAUCACGACAGACUUCUUUGACCCCCUCUUUGUUGCCCAGAAGUUUGAGCUGGGAGCGGCUCUCUUCAUCGGCUGGGCUGGAUCCGUGCUGUGUAUCCUCGGGGGACUUAUCUUCUGCUUCUCCAUGCCCGAGGGCUCCAGUGCCAGGCGAGUUGCUGGGUAUUUCUUACGAGGCUUGAUGCUCACGUUGUGAGUCCACGUCUGUCACCGGCAACAUGGGGCUUAGAGGAAAUCUGAUUUGGACCGACUCUCCAACGCAAACUAAAUCGGGCAAUUUAAAUGAGGACUUUAACUGAAACGGAGAGACGACUACAGCCGAAGACAUCCAGUAAUCUCUCUCAACAUCUUAUGUCAUAAUUGCCGAGCCAACAGGGAAGGUUGUGUGA